CUAAAAUUGCUAUCCCCUCCUCUCCCUCUUAGUCUCUCUAUCUAUCUAUCAAUCAAUGCAAUAACAUCAAACAACACAACAUCAUCUUCAACCUUUGGACAUCCUCUUGUAGCCAUGGAAACUGGUAUAGCAUGCUACACCCGCGGGCCUUUCUUACCUACUGUUUCUUCCAAGCACUCUCCACCAUCCAUCUCUCCAUCUUUUGGCUUCAGGAGUCUGAAAUCAAGCUCUUUCUUUGGAGAAUCGCUAAGGGUGGCAUCCAAAUCGACACUGAAGGUUUCAAAGACAAAGUCUACUUCAGUUGUAACCAGAUGCGAAAUUGGUGACGGUCUGGAAGAAUUCCUUACAAAAGCAACACCAGAUAAGGGGUUGAUCAGGUUGUUGGUGUCCAUGGGAGAGGCACUAAGAACAAUUUCCUUCAAAGUGAAGACGGCUUCUUGUGGCGGAACGCAGUGCGUUAAUUCUUUUGGGGACGAGCAGCUUGCAGUGGAUAUGCUGGCUAACCAGCUCCUUUUUGAGGCCUUGAAUUACUCCCAUUUCUGCAAGUAUGCUUGCUCUGAAGAAGUACCAGAGCUCCAGGACAUGGGAGGUCCAGUUGAAGGUGGAUUUAGUGUUGCAUUUGAUCCCCUUGAUGGUUCCAGCAUUGUGGACACAAACUUCACAGUAGGCACCAUUUUUGGUGUGUGGCCGGGAGAUAAGUUGACUGGGGUCACGGGAAGAGAUCAAGUUGCAGCAGCCAUGGGGGUUAUGGGUCCUAGAACCACAUAUGUGCUUGCUAUAAAAGGCUUCCCAGGCACCCAUGAAUUUCUUCUUCUUGAUGAAGGAAAAUGGCAGCAUGUCAAAGAGACCACAGAAAUUGGAGAAGGAAAACUGUUUUCUCCAGGAAAUUUGAGAGCCACAUCUGACAACCUCAAUUAUGCUAAUUUGAUCAACUACUACGUGAAUGAAAAAUACACAUUGAGAUACACUGGAGGAAUGGUGCCGGAUGUCAACCAGAUUAUUGUAAAAGAAAAAGGCAUCUUCACUAACGUGGCAUCACCAUCUGCCAAAGCCAAGCUGAGACUUUUGUUUGAGGUAGCUCCCUUAGGGCUCUUGAUUGAAAACGCUGGAGGUUACAGCAGUGAUGGUUAUCAGUCUGUGCUGGACAAAGUGAUAAGUAACAUUGAUGAGAGAACUCAAGUUGCUUAUGGAUCCAAGAAUGAGAUCAUCCGGUUUGAAGAAACACUAUACGGUGAAUCCAGGCUCAAGGGUGGUGUAGCUGUUGGAGCAGCUGCUUAAUCUGUUAGACCAACAAUUCAUUGUCAAUUUUAUAUGCCUCUACAAAAUAUAUAUGCUAUCUUCAGACAACUACCUGCAAUUUAGUCACAUAUUUUCUGUUUA